AUGUACAAAGCUAUCCUGCUCCUUUGGCUUACAGCUGCCCUUGGUGCAUUCGCUCUCAAGGAAGCCGCACCAUUCGAAGUGCUUUGGUACUACCAGGCGUACAAGAUCGAGUGGAAAUCAGUUGACUCGAGCAAAAGGCAAAUAGCAGGGGGAUGUACCCACAAAUCAGGUGUCGAUCUAGCCUUCGACGAUGCAGCUGCGGCUGCUGGCGUGGCUGGGAUCUGCACUAUCGAUGAAUUCACGCAGUACCUUGGGGGCAAGACUUACAAAAACAAGUUCACCUCGGGGGAGGGCCUGGAACCAAAUGACCAGAAGUUCCAAGCAUAUUUCAUGAAACUACAAGACUCAGCCAAAAAGUUUGAAUGGAGGGUGGUGAUGCCACGCCUUUUGCCAAAGACCAAUCCGUUGGUGACACUUUCUACUACUCCAGGUGAGCGGGACAAACCGCUUGCCCCGGUGAUCGACCAGCUGAAGGCCUGGGUACAAGGAUAUAGAGAUCUGGCUCCCAGUGACAGCGUUAUACAAGGCUGGGUGGACAAGAGUAUACCCUACCUCAAAGCAGCUACACAGUAUCGCAUACGGGACCAGCUUCAAUUCACUCAGGCAUAUUGCGCAGAACUUAAUCCCGGCACCACGAACCUCUGGACUACGAACCCCGAUUACUACAUUACUGAGGCAAUUCUCUUGGAAGAUGGCACAGAAACUGGAGACGCCUCUACAAAGUACGACUUGCAGAAGGCCUCGUUGGACCCGACCGCAAAAGCCUUUUCUGUGGACGACUACAACAAUGCUAUGAAAGCAGCACGCAAUGGCCAAGCAUAUACUCAUGGCUCAACCACGGUGGGAUCAGGCCCCGACGAUACUAGAACGGUCGUUCACCUUGCAAUGAUCGAAUCAUUUGGCGCAAGUGUAACCGAUAUGAGUGGUCCGCCUCCUUCGCUUUGCAAUACCUGA